CCGAACUCCUGCAGGCGGAGUCUGCGAAGUGACCAACUUCUGAGGGCACUUUGCGCCGGCUUCCCUCCGGCGGGGAGAGAAUGCCAGCAGCGUGGGGCGGGCUCCGCUGAGCAGGUCCGGGGACCCGACUGCAAGCCGACAGCCCCAGCACCUCGGACUGGCUCUGGGCGGCCCCUGUCUCCGCCGCCCCUCCGCCCGCCGGGGCACUGAUGUUGACCAUCAGAGGAAACAGCAAGUAAAGUCUUUGGAUUAUAUUGAAGCUCAGCAAAGAUGGCCAAAUAUGGAGAACAGGAGGUCAGACCUGAUGAUGGACAGAACGAGUUCAGUGAUAUCAUUAAGUCCAGAUCUGAUGAACACAAUGACGUGCAGAAGAAAACGUUUACCAAAUGGAUAAACGCUCGAUUUUCAAAGAGUGGAAAACCACCCAUAAGUGAUAUGUUCACAGACCUUAAAGAUGGAAGGAAGCUACUGGAUCUUCUAGAAGGUCUUACGGGCACAUCACUGCCAAAGGAACGUGGCUCCACAAGGGUCCAUGCUUUAAAUAAUGUCAACAGAGUGCUGCAGGUCUUACAUCAGAACAAUGUGGACUUGGUGAAUAUCGGGGGAACUGACAUUGUAGAUGGAAACCCCAAGUUGACGCUGGGACUACUUUGGAGCAUCAUUUUGCACUGGCAGGUGAAGGAUGUCAUGAAAGACAUCAUGUCAGACCUGCAGCAGACCAACAGCGAGAAGAUUCUGCUGAGCUGGGUGCGCCAGUCCACCAGGCCUUACAGCCAGGUCAACGUCCUCAACUUCACUACCAGCUGGACGGAUGGACUCGCCUUCAACGCCCUGCUCCACCGACAUAAACCUGAUCUCUUCAGCUGGGACCGUGUGGUUGAAAUGUCCCCCAUUGAGAGACUCGAACAUGCCUUCAACAAAGCUCAAACCUAUUUGGGAAUUGAAAAGCUCUUAGAUCCUGAAGAUGUUGCUGUUCAGCUUCCUGACAAGAAAUCCAUAAUUAUGUAUCUAACAUCUUUGUUUGAGGUGCUGCCUCAGCAGGUCACUAUAGAUGCCAUCCGUGAAGUAGAGACGCUACCAAGGAAAUACAGGAAAGAGUGUGAGGAAGGAGGCAUCAGUAUUCAGAGCUCAGCACAGGAAGAGCAUGAUAGUUCUCGAGCGGAAACCCCCAGCACGGUCACGGAGGUUGACAUGGACCUGGACAGCUAUCAGAUAGCCCUGGAGGAAGUGCUGACAUGGUUGCUUUCUGCUGAGGACACUUUCCAGGAACAGGAUGAUGUAUCCGAUGAUGUUGAAGAAGUCAAAGACCAGUUUGCCACCCAUGAAGCUUUCAUGAUGGAGCUGACAGCACACCAGAGCAGUGUGGGGAACGUUCUGCAGGCGGGAAAUCAGCUGAUAACACAGGGAACGCUGUCUGAUGAAGAAGAGUUUGAGAUUCAGGAGCAAAUGACCCUGCUCAAUGCCCGGUGGGAAUCCCUGAGGGUGGAGAGCAUGAGCAGACAGUCCCGGCUGCAUGACGCGCUGAUGGAGCUGCAGAAGCAGCAGCUGCAGCAGCUCUCUGCCUGGCUAACACUCACGGAAGAACGCAUCCAGAAGAUGGAGACUUGUCCCCUGGAUGAUGAUUUAAAAUCCCUGCAGAAGCUGCUAGAAGAUCAUAAAAGUUUGCAAAAUGAUCUUGAGGCCGAACAGCUAAAGGUAAACUCAUUAACUCACAUGGUGGUGAUUGUUGAUGAAAACAGUGGAGAUAGUGCUACGACCAUUCUGGAAGAUCAGUUACAGAAACUCGGUGAACGCUGGACAGCAGUGUGUCGUUGGACUGAAGAGCGCUGGAACAGAUUGCAAGAAAUCAAUAUCCUAUGGCAGGAAUUAUUGGAUGAACAGUGCUUGUUAAAAGCUUGGUUAACUGAAAAAGAAGAGGCUUUAAAUAAAGUGCAGACGACAGACUUCAAAGACCAGAAGGAACUCAGCGUCAAUAUUCGGCGACUGGCUAUUUUGAAGGAGGACAUGGAAAUGAAGCGUCAGGCUUUGGAUCAGCUAAGUGAGAUUGGCCAGGACAUCAGUCAACUGCUUGAUAAUCCCAAGGCAUCUAUGAAGAUCAACAGUGACUCAGAGGAACUGACUCAGAGGUGGGAUUCCUUGGUUCAGAGACUAGAAGAUUCUUCCAAUCAGGUGACUCAGGCGGUUGCAAAGCUGGGGAUGUCCCAGAUUCCUCAGAAGGAUCUUUUGGAGACUGUUCGAAUAAGGGAACAAGUAAUUACAAAAAGAACGAAGCAAGAAAUGCCCCCUCCCCCUCCCCCAAAGAAGAGACAGGUCCCUGUGGAUAUAGAAGCUAAGAAAAAGUUUGAUGCUGUAAGUGCAGAGCUGUUGAGCUGGAUUUUGAAAUCAAAGAGUGCCAUUCAGGCCAUGGAGAUCAAAGAGUAUAAGAAGAUGCAGGAGACGGCAGAAAUGAAAAAGAAGUUGAAGGGGUUAGAGAAAGAGCAGAAAGAAAGAAGCCCUCGGCUGGACGAAUGCAGCCAAACUGGACAGAUCCUUCUGGAGCACAUGGGAAAAGAAGGUCUUCCUACUGAAGAAAUAAGAAGUGUUCUGGAGAAGAUACUGUCAGAGUGGAAGGCUGUAUCUCAGCAGUUGGAAGAAGUGGCAAGGAAGAUUCAGCUACAAGAAGACCUCACUGUCUACUUUGGACAACUUGACGAGCUUGAGAAAACCAUCAGGCCAAAGCAGUGGCCUCAGUCGGCUUCCUUGGCAGGCUGUCCCCCACAGUCCUGGCCCCGCACGCAGGACUCCUGCCAGCGGGAAUUGACUCAUAUCCUCGGCCUCCAGCCCCAAAUUGAAGCACUACGUGCAAGCUGUGCAGCCCUGAGGUCUCAGCCUUCCGCCCCUGAGUCAGUUCAGCAGGCUUUUGACAGCUUUCUGGGCCACUACCAAGCAGUGCGGCAGGAUUUAGAGGACUGUCAGCAACAGCUGAAGGAUGAGCUGAAGAACCACCCUGGACAUGCAUACUUGGAAACACUGAAAACAUUAAGGAAUUUGCUACAUGAUUCAGAAAACAAGGCUCAGACAUCUUUGAGUGCCUUGAAUGACCUUGCAAAGGUAGAGGAAGCCCUGCAAGAAAGAAAGGCCUUUGAUGCAUUUCUUGAGAAUCAAAAACCCACAUUAUAUAAACUUGCAGAAGAAACAAAGACUUUGGGGAAAAAUGUUACACCAGAGGUAGAAAAGAUGUGUAAGCAGGAAUUUGAUGAUGUUCAAGGAAAGUGGAACAAACUAAGGGUCAGAGUUUCCAAAGAUUUGCAUCUUCUUGAAGAAAUUAUGCCUAGCCUCAGAACUUUUGAGGCUGAUUCUAAAGCCAUUGAGAAGUGGAUGGAUGGUGUGAAAGACUUCUUAAUGAAGGAGCAGGCUAUCCAUGGAGACGCCGAGGGACUUCAAAGGCAGCUGGACCAGUGCUCUGCCUUUGUUAAUGAAAUAGAAACAAUGGAGUCAUCAAUGAAAGACAUGAAAGACAUAGAGGCUAACCUCCAAAGUUGUCCUUUUGCUGGAAUCAAAGGCUGGGUGCACACAAAACUAGUUGAAUAUCAAACCCAACUGGAGAGAUUAAGCAAGGAGAUUGCUACUCAAAAAAGUAGGCUGUCUGAAAGUCAGGAAAAAGCAGUAAACCUGAAGAAAGACUUGGCGGAGAUGCAGGAAUGGAUGGCCCAGGCCGAGGAAGAGUACUUGGAGCGGGAUUUUGAGUACAAAUCACCGGAAGAACUUGAGAGCGCAGUGGAAGAGAUGAAGAGGGCGAAAGAGGACGUGUUACAGAAGGAGGUGAGAGUGAAGAUUCUCAAGGACAACAUCAAGUUAUUAGCUGCAAAAGUGCCCUCUGGUGGCCAAGAAUUGACAUCUGAACUGAAUGAUGUGCUGGAGAACUACCAACUUCUUUGUAACAGAAUUCGUGGCAAGUGCCACACACUAGAGGAGGUGUGGUCUUGUUGGAUCGAACUGCUUCAGUAUUUGGAUCUUGAGACUAACUGGCUGAAUACUUUGGAAGAGCGGAUGAGGAGCACAGCGUCUCUCCCUGAGAAGACGGAUGCUAUCAAUGAAGCCCUAGAGUCUCUAGAAUCUGUUUUGCGACAUCCAGCAGACAAUCGCACACAAAUUCGGGAACUUGGCCAGACUCUAAUUGAUGGGGGAAUCCUGGAUGACAUAAUCAGUGAGAAACUGGAGGCUUUCAACAGUCGAUAUGAAGAACUGAGUCGCCGUGCAGAGAGCAAGCAGAUUUCAUUGGAGAAGCAGCUCCAGGUCCUCCGGGAGACUGACCACAUGCUUCAAGUCUUGCAGGAGAGCCUAGGGGAACUGGACAAGCAGCUUACGACUUACCUGACCGAUAGGGUAGAUGCCUUCCAGGUGCCUCAGGAAGCUCAGAAAAUUCAAGCAGAGAUUUCAGCUCAUGAGCUAACUCUGGAGGAGCUGAGAAGAAAUACACGUUCUCAGCCUUCUGCCUCGCCGGAGGGCAGGGUAGCGCGGGGCGGGAGCCAGGUGGACGUGUUGCAGAGGAAACUUCGAGAGGUGUCCACAAAGUUCCAGCUUUUCCAGAAGCCUGCUAACUUUGAACAGCGCAUGCUUGACUGCAAGCGUGUGCUGGACGGAGUGAAAUCGGAACUUUACGUCAUGGAUGUGAAGGAGGUGGACCCUGAUGUCAUCCAGACCCACCUGGACAAGUGCAUGAAACUGUAUAAAACUUUGAGUGAAGUCAAACUUGAAGUGGAGACUGUCAUCAAGACAGGACGGCACAUGGUUCAGAAGCAGCAAACAGACAACCCCAAAGGCAUGGAUGAGCAGCUGACUUCUUUAAAGAUCCUCUACAAUGACCUGGGGGCCCAGGUGACCGAGGGAAAGCAGGAUUUGGAGAGAGCAUCACAACUGGCCCGGAAGAUGAAGAAGGAUACCGCUUCCCUGUCGGAGUGGCUGACCGUCACUGAAGCGGAAUUGGUACAGAAAUCCACCUCAGAAGGUUUGCUUGGUGACUUGGAUACAGAAAUUUCCUGGGCAAAAACUAUCUUGAAGGAUCUGGAAAAGAGAAAAGCUGACCUCAAUGCCGUCACCGAGAGCAGCGCCGCCCUCCAGAACCUGAUCCAGGGUAGUGAGCCUGUCCUGGAAGCUCAGCUGUGUGUGCUCAACGCGGGCUGGAGCCGUGUCCGCACCUGGACAGAGAGCUGGUGCAGCACCUUGAUGAACCACCAGAACCAGUUGGAAAUAUUUGAUGGGAAUGUUGCUCACAUAAGCACCUGGCUUUAUCAAGCGGAAGCUCUGUUGGAUGAAAUUGAGAAAAAACCAGCAAAUAAACGGGAAGAAAUCGUGAAGCGUUUAGUUUCUGAGCUGGAUGAAACCCAUCUCCAAGUGGAAAAUGUCCGAGAUCAAGCCGCUGUUCUGAUGAGUGCACGAGGCGGCUCUGGCAAGGAGCUCGUGGAACCCAAGUUAGCGGAGCUGAAUAGAAACUUGGAGAAGGUAUCUCAGCACAUCAGAAGUGCCAAACUGCUGAUUGGACAGGAUCCAUCUUCAUACCAAAGUCUGGUCACCACCGAGACAUGUGAAACAGAAGUGCCUUUCUCUGAAUUGAAAAUCCUAGAAAAUGAUAUAGAAAAUAUGUUAAAACUUGUGGAGAAACAUUUGGAAUCCAGUGAUGAAGAUGAAAAGAUGGAUGAGGAGAGCAUGCAGAUUGAGAAAGUUCUUCAAAGAGGAGAGCAAAUGUUAUGUCAACCUAUGGAGGACAAUAAAAAAGAAAAGAUCCGCUCGCAGUUAUUACUUUUACACAAAAAAUACAACAGAACUAAGGUAACCCCUCUUCACCCAAGAAAAACAACUCAACUUGCUUCUGGAAUUAGAUCAGCAUUUCUCCCCACAGAUUACGUAGUUGAAAUUAACAAAGUUUUACUUUCCAUGGAUGAUGUUGAAUUAUCACUUAAUACUCCAGAUCUGAGUACUGUUGUUCUUGAAGAUUUCUCUUUUCAAGAAGAUUCUCUAAAGAAUAUCAAGGACCAACUGGACAAACUCGGAGAACAGAUUGCAGUCAUUCAUGAAAAACAGCCAGAUGUUAUCCUUGAAGCUUCUGGACCUGAAGCCAUUCAGAUCCGGGACACACUUACUCAGCUGAAUGCAAAAUGGGACAGAGUUAACAGAAUGUACAAUGAUCAUAAAGGUUGUCUUGAUAGAGCUGUGGAAGAAUGGAGACAGUUCGAUUGUGACCUUAAUGACCUGGCACAGUGGCUAACGGAAGCUGAAGAACUGCUGGCUGAUACUUGUGCUCCAGAUGGUGGACUGGACCUAGAGAAAGCCAGGAGGCAUCAGCAGGAGCUGGAAGAAGGGAUCAGCAGCCACCAGCCCAGCGUAGCAGCACUCAACAGAACUGGGGAUGAGAUUGUACAGAAGCUGCUCCCCACAGAUGGAUGCAUCUUGAAAGACAGGCUGGCCAGCUUAAACCACCGCUGGAGUGCGAUCGUGGCCGAUGUGAAGGAUCGGAGGCCAAGGUUGAAAGGAGAAAGCAAGCAGAUGAUGGAAUAUAGAAAGAGACUAGAUGAAAUCAUUUGUUGGUUAACGAAGGCUGAGAAUGCUGUACAGAAGACAUCAACCACUGAGCUGCAGAAAAACCUGCAAGAAUUAACAGAGUUAACUCGAGAAAUGGAUGUGCAAGAUGAAAAGCUCAAAUGGUUGAAUAGAACCGAGUUGGAAAUGCUUUCUGAUAAAAGUCUGAGUUUACAUGAAAGAGAGAAAAUUUCAGAAAGCUUAAAAACUGUAAAUCUGACAUGGAAUAAGAUGUGCCAAGAGCUUCCCAGCACCCUGAAGGAGUACACUCAGGAGCCUUGCUCUGCUUCUCAGACGAGGAUUGCGGCUCACCCUAGUGUCCAAAAGGUGGUGCUAGCAUCCUCUGCGUCAGAUGUUUCUGUUCAGUCUCAUCCUGCUUCGGAAAUUUCAAUUCCUGCUGAUCUGGACAAAAUGAUAACAGAACUGGCCGACUGGCUGGUAUUGAUCGACCAGAUGCUGAAGUCCAACAUAGUCACUGUCGGGGAUCUGAAGGAGAUCAAUAAGACAGUUUCCCGCAUGAAAAUCACAAAAGCUGAUUUAGAACAGCGCCAUCCUCAGCUUGAUUAUGUUUUCACAUUGGCACAGAAUUUGAAAAAUAAAGCUUCCAGUUCAGAUGUGAGAACAGCAAUCACAGAAAAAUUGGAAAAGGUCAAGAACCAGUGGGAUAGCACUCAGCAUGGAGUCGAGUUAAGGCAGCAGCAGCUGGAAGACAUGACCGUUGACAGCCUUCAGUGGGAGGACCACAGGGAGGAGACCGAGGAGCUCAUGAGAAAACACGAGGCUCGGCUCUAUAUUCUCCAGCAAGCCCGGCGGGACCCCCUGAUCAAACAGAUUUCUGAUAAUCAGAUAUUGCUUCAAGAACUGGGUCCUGGUGAUGGCAUCAUAAUGGCAUUCGAUAAUGUCCUGCAGAAAUUACUGGAAGAUUAUGGUAGUGAUGACACAAGGAACGUGAAAGAAACCACUGAGUACCUGAAAACAUCAUGGAUCAAUCUCAAACAAAGCAUUGCUGACAGACAGAGUGCCCUGGAGGCUGAGCUGAGGACGGUGCAGUCCUCUCGCAGGGACCUGGAGAACUUCCUGAAGUGGAUACAAGAAGCGGAAGCCACGGUUAACGUGCUCGCGGAUGCCUCUCAGCGGGAGGAUGCUCUCCAGGACUCCUCUUUGGCCAGGGAGCUCACCCAGCAGCUGCAGGCAAGUGCCCGGAAUCACACUCUGUUUUGA